AGCCAAAGCAUCAAACGAGGGUCCCGUCCCAUUCCCGGAUUUCUCCAUCUCUGACGGGCUCAUAAGCUGUCAGCCGAGGAGACUUCAUGAGAAAGAGGAUGUGAAGACGAGUUUUUGUGUAACGGACGCUCACGGUAGAGAAGCAGCUGCUUUCAGCAUCCAGCCCCCAAACCUCAAAGAUAAGGGCAAGAUAAAAAAAAAAAAAAGAAAUAAAAAGCAGGGGAAGGAAGGAAGGGUUCUGAAGGUGACUGAGAGACAAGAAAACGGAGGAGAGACGGAGAGAGACACGCCGGCAGCAUGGACAGCAGCUCGGGACAGCGGGACGCCCGGCUACCGCCAGCACUGCCCGCCAAGCUUCGGAGGUGAGUGCCUUGGCCCCGCCUUAUCUCUGCCAUCAUCCCGGUGUCCCUCUCCGUUCGGCGUGCAGGCCUGACCCCCACACCGCGGCCGUUAUGUGAUGAAACAGCUAAGGGGAAGGAGCCGCUUCACUCGUAACGGUCGCUUGUCACCUCCACGGCUUUCAAAAGAAGCUCAUGGAGCAAACGGCUUGUGGUGUUGUGCAAAGGCGCGGCCCUCCGGGCUCAAACCAUCCUGUGUCAUUCAACACUCAGGCAGCGCUACUCGGCAGCCAGCAUGAGCAGCUCGGGCUCCAGCAUCGGGACGGAGAUGGAGGGCAGCAGCCCAGCUUUCUCUCCAGGACCUGAAGCAAUCUUCACAGCGACAGACCAGCAGGCAGAGGGCAGUAAGCAGGCCACCUCGGAUGCCACCUACGUCAAUGUGGGUUUCAGACGCCACACCCCGCCCAGCUCUUCCCGCUGCCACUGGGCAAACCACAAGGCACUUUCCCAUGACAGCCCUCAGGGGGAAGCACAGAAGCCACCACCCUUACCCAGAAAGUUGACCCGGGCACACUCCGUGCCCGGUGGCAGCCUGUUUCCCACUCAGUUCAUGCAUACGAGUCCGAGUCCUGGGCAGCUUGGCCCCAUCUAUUGCCCCUCGGAGUCUGAGCCUCCACCAGUUUUCACUGCACCUCGCAGUCCUUUGUACUGCAGUAGCUUUCCACAGAGCCCUACAAUGGGGGUCCCCAGAGCAGCCAUGUCAGAGCUCAACUUUGACACCCCCGACCAGGACCUGAAAAAAUAUUUCACAGACCUGCACAACAGGGAGCUGGUGCACCAGGAGCUGAUGGAACGCAACCGCCUGUCUCUGAGAGAUAUUGCAGCUCAUCUGGAGGCCCAGUUACAAGAAGAGAUUCUUCAACAGGAUGAUCACGAGGUUCCCAUGGACCUGCAGCUGGCUAAAGAGGAGGCACUCUGCGAAUCGGGCGAUGCACUCUAUUAUGCCGCCUGCUCGGCCACUUCAGUGGAGAAGCUGUUCACCAUCAAGGUCUACAAAGUACCACCAGGACCUGACGUCGAACUGAACAUUCAGAAGGAGCUGCCACCCCAUUUCAAUGUCCAGAAGCUUCAUGCCCACUUCCACUUUGGUCUACCAGUCACAGACAAUAAUAAUGUGGCACUGGACAACGACGAAGGCCAGCUACCUAGGAGCCCCAUCUCAGUUGUGGGGGAGGCUCCAGCGGAGACGCUUCAGGACUUUGUGCGCCGGUCGUCCUCUCUACACGCCACGCAGCCUCUGAUUUAUGAGCGGCUCAUCUGCCUGCUGCUCCUUCAGCUGUGCGAGGGCCUGCAGCACCUCAAGAGCCACAAAGUCACCCACUGCGCACUCCGACUGGAGAAUCUCCUGCUGCUGCCCACAACUCAAGACCACGAGCUUCCACGUCUGCUGAUCAGCAACUUCUCUCGGGCUAAGCAGAAGUGCGUCGGCCAGAAUCAAGAUGGCUACUGCAAUCAGGACCGCCUGGCACCAGAAUUGAUCAGCGUAUCCCAGUACAAAAAAGCGGAUGAAUUUCAGCUGGGGAUUUUAAUCUAUGAAUGCCUCCAUCAGUCCAACCCCUUUGCAAGCAGUAUAGAGCUCAGCGAUGGGGAAUAUCGGCCCCAAGACCUCCCCAGUAUCCCCCAGAACACCAUCUACUCAUCUGGUCUCCAAAAACUCUCCCACCUACUCCUGGAACCAGAGCCUGCAACACGGAUGCCAGUGUCAGAGGCCAAGUGUGUCCUGCAGGCACUCCUCUGGGGUCCACGAGAGGAUCUUUUUCAUGAAAACCAGAUGACCCCCUUCCUGACCUCUAACUGGAUAGAGGUGAAGCGCUGUGUGCUAAUGCUUAGGCAGGCUGAGACGGCCAUUGAGAGAAAAGCUCUGCGUGCAGACCUGGAACAUUGGCUGAUGGUGCGCUACUUCACUACAGCUACACCCCAAACAAUCUUCCACGCAGCCCACCAGCUCCAGCUUUUCAGGCUCCAGGACCCCUGAACCCUGCCAUUUCAACUGCUACCAGCAGCAGCUGCCACAGCUUGGGAGGAGGAGAUAUAGUAAAGUACCUCCGCCAUGACCCACACUUCUUAUAUGCAGGAAAUGGCAAACAAAAUAAAAAAUAUGAAUAAAACUGAGCCGUUUGUGAGUAUGCGCAGCUGAGAAUCUUCAAUGCUCCUUGUAAAAGAUAAAAUAAGGAACAGAGAGACAUAUACAGUGGUGUGAAAAACUGUUUGCCCCCUUCCUGAUUUCUUAUUCUUUUGCAUGUUUGU